GGGGCGGCCGCCCCGGCCCGCACCACGCCGAGGACCCUGGUCCGGACGCCCCACCAUGCCGCGCCGAGGGCCCGCCUCGGUGUUGCUGCUGCCGCUGCUGCUGCCGCUGCUGCUGGGGGCGGCCACAGCUGCUCCCCUGGUACCAAGACCCUCCAAGGAGCUGACCCGCUGUCUGGCAGAGAUGGUCACAGAGGUGCUGACGCUGGGCCAGGCCCAGAGAGGACCCUGCACGGCUCUCCUCCACAAAGAGAUGUGUGAGACAGAGCCCUAUGGCUGUGUGUCCACCUUGGAGAAAGGCCCGCUGGUUGGGGAUUUCAAGAAGCGGGAGGCUGGGAAGACAAGGUCCAGCCAGGAGGUGAGGGACGAGGAAGAGGAGGAGGCAGCAGAGAGGACCCACGAGUCUGAGGUCCGGGAACAGGCCAUCCACGAGCAGCUCCGCAGUCGGCUCCACCAGGAACAGGCCAAGGAGGAAGAGGAGGAGGAAAAGAAGAGGAGGCCCCUGGAGACCUUCGGGGACCUGUGGAAGUGGCGUCUGGAGGGUGCAGCGGGUCCCCAGAAGCGGGUGACAGAGAAGGCCAGUGACGAGGAGACAGCCCAGUUUGAGGCAGAGGAAAAGGGUGUGCAGGUGCUGGGCGGGGGCCACAGCCUGUGGCAGGGCGCUGAGAGGGGUGGAGGAGAGAGGCAGGAGGACUCGCCACACCACCACCACCAGCUGGCAGCUGAGCCCAAGCAGGAGAAGGAAGAGGCUUCAGAGGGGGAGGAACAUGAGGUGGAGCAGCUGGAGCACAUGAGAGAUGAACUGAAGAAGGCCACGGAGAUGCUGGGGGAGGCACUCAGGAGGGAGGGCUGACUCCCACCUCAUG